AUGGCAGGAACCACGUCUCACCAAGAGAUUCUUCCCAUCGAGCAUGUUGCGUACUAUCCAGACCUCAAUGUGCCUAAAAACUUGAAGCUGAGAGCGUCAACAUUUUUGAAUCCUCGCUCCCCUCCGCCAACCCCUCCUAAGUCAGCUUCCUAUAGCCGUGAAAGUCUUGCAUCUUCUCUAGCAAAACGAGAUAAUGAAAGAGUUAAUUCCCCUCCAAUGGUAACCAUACCACUAGAUACUGCUGAAGGGGAUUUGUCUAUUCCUAAUGUCCCCGCUCCUGCUCGGAGCUUUGAGUUUAAUUGGCUUGAUAUGACUACAUCAAGCGCUGUUAAAAAGUUUUUUGAUCAUGAUGAAAAAGAUGACUGCGGUCUUAGUGUUGAGGUUGAUUUCUCCGAAAGAGAGGGUAUAGAGAUGGUGGACUUAGUUCCUAUGGCUAUUUUACAAGACCUGCCAACUCAGAAUUGUAAAGGCCCAUAUGACAAUUGUCAUAAACCACGGAAUUCUCAAAUUCAUCACUCAGCACUUGAAGUCCGCAAUACACGCUUCAAUCCUGCAUCUGACCACGGCAGUGAUGACGAUGACGAUGGCUUAAUUGAAUACCAUCAGUUUCAAUUCUCAAUGAGAAAGCCGCUACCUCCCGCUGGUGAGAUCGAGAACCUUGCUAUCUCUCCAGCUAGUAGAGUUAACCUAUUGGUGGCUAAGAGGUAG